CACACACACACACACUCACAUUUGGGAUUAUAGCUGACGUAAUGGUCAGCGCUUUUCUUUUUGUCACCAUAAAUGGACACGAAGGCCUCUUAGUUUCAUGGUGGUAGGAAAACAGCCAAUGACAAACAAAAAGCUCUGUUUGUAUUGACUCAUGAGUUUGGGAGUUUUUCUCUCUUCGCCGCGUCCCACCAUCCGUUUCCAUUUUUCUGUGACAUGUCCGCCGAGAGGAAGAGGUGGAGCCCACAUCUGUGUCAUACACUUCACCCAAAUGUAUGAGCACUGAGUGCACAUUGUAAACAAAUCGGUAUGUAGAGAAAACAGGAUAUGAAUCUGUUGACAGAUGUUUCGCAAGUCGAACAUCAUCAUGCCAUCGCUGGCCUUCUUUCAAAGAGGACUGCCCUGCCAUAUCCAGACUACCAUCACAUCUGUGGAUUUCAUACAGGAAGGCUCUCUCUCCCUACAGCCUUCCUGCCUUCAUCACCACCAACCCAGACUCCCCCACCCUCUGCUCUGUGGUCCCCUUUCCGUCAUCCCACCACGUCUGCGGAGUGGGUGCCGGCUCCCUCCCCCAGGGGUGGGAGCGAGGAGCUGGGGGACGCACUCGACAAACCCCUGGAGAAUGAUGCGGAGGGCGUGUGGAGCCCAGACAUCGAGCAGAGCUUCCAGGAGGCCCUGGCCAUCUACCCACCCUGUGGCCGCAGGAAGAUCAUCCUCUCUGAUGAGGGCAAGAUGUACGGACGAAACGAGUUGAUUGCACGGUACAUCAAACUUCGCACAGGGAAGACGCGGACCAGGAAGCAGGUAUCUAGUCACAUCCAGGUUCUUGCCCGACGGAAGGCCAGGGAGAUCCAGGUGAAGCUGAAGGUACGCUACGAUCAGGCUGCCAAAGACAAGGCCCUGCAGAGUAUGGCCACCAUGUCCUCAGCACAGAUCAUCUCACCCACGGCGUUCCAGAACAAGAUGGCUCUCCAGGGCCUGUCGAGGCCGGCUUACCCCACUACUGGUGGGUUUUGGCACGGGGCUCUUCCAGGACAGCCAGGAGGCCAUGAAGACAUUAAGCCCUUCUCCCAGCAGAGUUACGCCAUGCAAGCGUCCGGCCCGACCCCCAUAACAGGUUAUGAAAGCACAGCAGGGCUGUCGAUGUCUCCCGGUGCCCCCCCUUGGCAGGGUAGAAGUAUUGCCAGCUCCAAACUGCGAAUGCUGGAGUUCUCCGCCUUCCUGGAGCAACCUCAGGACCCAGAGACUUUCAACAAGCACCUGUUUGUGCACAUUGGCCAGUCCAACCCGAGCUACAGCGACGCCUAUCUGGAGUCGGUGGACAUCAGGCAGAUCUAUGACAAGUUCCCAGAGAAGAAAGGAGGCCUGAAGGAGCUGUUUGACAAAGGGCCGCACAACGCUUUCUUUCUCGUCAAGUUCUGGGCGGACCUUAGUGUAAACCUGCAGGAUGACAGCAGCUUCUUCUAUGGUGUUUCCAGUCAGUACGAGAGCUCUGAGAACAUGAUUAUCACCUCAUCCACAAAAGUCUGCUCGUUUGGCAAGCAGGUGGUGGAGAAAGUGGAGACGGAGUAUGCACGUUUUGAGAACGGGCGCUACGUGUUCAGAAUCCACCGUUCACCGUUAUGUGAAUACAUGAUCAACUUCAUCCACAAGCUUAAACACCUGCCGGAGAAGUACAUGAUGAACAGCGUACUGGAGAACUUCACUAUCUUACAGGUGGUGACUAACAGGGACACACUGGAGACCCUCCUGUGCGUAGCCUACGUCUUUGAGGUGUCCACCAGUGAGCACGGUGCACAGCAUCAUAUUUACAGGCUAGUUAAAGACUGACGCGCUCACACAGUUGGAACUUACCUGCUCUAGACCCAUUGUAGCACCUCAGUGAGCAACAACAUCAAACGAUGGACUACUUCUUCCGUAAGCUUAAAGCCAGUCAGGAGCCCAGAGAAGCACGUUUUGUUAGCAUGUCCAGGAAAACUACUGCUGAGGAAGAGUUGGAUUUUGGGAUUGUGGAAGCUGAAACAGGCUUUGUGUGGAAAAGUGGCAAAGAAAAAAAAAAAGAAAUAAAAAGAAGAGGACCAUGAUACACUGUGGUCUUUAUACCAAAGGAGCCAAACCUAGCCAACAAGACCUGCAUGAGAAAGUUGUCAUUGGUGGUGUUUUUCAUCUCAUUUUACUAGUGCUUGUUUUUAAUUUAGAUUCUUUUACAUGUGCAUGUGCAGGGGAUGUUUGCCACAAAGCAGUUUGGCUGCCUCAGGGUGCCACCUAGUGACUUAAAUAUGAAUAAUAAUGGGGAGAAAAAUAAAAGUAGAUGGAGAAUCCCUCCUUUGCACAUCCAUUAAAUAUCACUGUUUCUGGUGCCAAUCUUUUGUGUUAUUUGAGCAUUUGAGUAAUUAUGAACAGAGCCACGUCAUCAUGUCUAAUUGGCUAAAAUGAUUGAAAAGCGCUAUUGUAUUCACUUUGUUUGAUGUUUAAUGUUAAAUGUUUCUUGUAUUGUCUUACUGUUUUUGAUUGAAAAUGAUCUGACUACAACAAAAGGCACACAAUAACACUGCUAACUUGAACCAGAUUUAAGAUCUGUAAGCCGAUUACAGAGUUUGUCUGUAACUGUAACUUGCCCUGAAGUGUCAGAUGAAAAUACAAGUGUUUCUUACUUAACUCCGCUGUUGCUGAGCUUGUUGCAUUCUGUGCAGAAUGGUGCCAUUGGCUGCUUGCAGCUGCAAAACAUUAAAACUAGUUUUGGUUGGUGGUGAUGCAGCUCCAGGAAGAUAUCAGAAAACGUGAAUUUCUCUGAUACAAAGUUUUUCAGACUAUACAAAAUAUAGUGGAAAAUGUCUCUUGCAAGUUUGCUUUCUCUUUGAGAAGCUGAGUUGGCAUUGUUGUCCUAAACUGGCACUAUGAUUGACAUCCAUCUGUGCAUAUCAUUUUAAUAAGUCAUAGUACAAAAGUACGUUGAUAACUUUAAUGCAAAAGUAUUAAAGUAAGUAUAGUACAUCAGUGUGUAGCCUAGUAUGGUGUUGGGUCUCAGCGAUUGUUUAAUGGAAGUGACUAUUACCCUCUGGUGGCGGUGAGACAUCAUUACACUUUUCCUAUCCACAUCACUUUCAGCAAAUUGACUUGAGUGCUCUCAAACAAUGUAUUUUUGCAUGAAGUUCCCACUGCUGUGGAAAGAAAAAAAAAAUCCAACUCAAGCACAGGCCUGAUACUUUACUGACAAGUCUGAUUAUCUGCUUCUCUAAGUCACUAUAACAUCAGUCUGGUAGGAUCAGUAUUGUAUACAGUAAAGAUUUAUGGACAUAUUGUAUAUCUUUUUGGUAAUGAAAAGAGAGAAUAUCAGCUUUGAAGAGGUUAACACAUGAAAUCUGGCUCUGCCUUUUUUGUCAGAUAAGUCUGGUUAAAAACAAUGGCAUCCUCUCUAUUAGAUCGGUCCUACUGAUUUCAAACCAUUUUUACAGAAUAGUUUCCCACUAAAUUGCAGCUUCCAUAAGCUCUUUUCCCAAAAAUGCACUUUCAGCUCCCAAUUGUAAACUGAGAGUGUGGCACUGUGAUGGAGAGCCGUCACAAAAGAUGAGAAAAACAGCCUAACAGGUGCAGCAAAUCCAAAACCAGGGGGCAAACGGCUUAUUAUGAUAAUCCCAUCUGAAAGAAUUUAGGCAGAUUGCUACAGUUACGGCAAUCCGCUCUCAGAUGUCUGACCUUGCUGAAAACAGACACAAAGAGAACAGAGGUUACUGGAAUUUUCAGCCUAGUUCCUGUUAAAACGAGAGCAAGAUUUACUUUCCAGUGAGUGCUAUGAAGUGAAGUAAUAAACGCACUGUGGGCAUUCAUCUAAACCCUGUCAACAGGAGAAUUCAAAGGUUUGAAUAUUGAUGCGUGCAGUCUAAUUAGAUUUUAGCGAGAUUUAGUUUCUAAAAAAAAAACAAAAUCUGAAAAAAAUAACCACCUUAUC